GGAAAGGGGCAGAUACAGAAUAGAGUUUAUGAUAAAAAGACAAUAAACAAAUGAAAUAUGAGAAGUCAACUUGUAUGAUUCUUUGAAUUACAUUUGAAUUUUUAGUAUCAAACCUCCUCGCUAGUUACUGCGAAAUCAGCUGAAACAAUCAUAUUUAGCAAAGAAAGCUGUUAGAAGUUAGUUAAGUGUAACCUUCGAAAUUUCGGCGAACUUCAACUAUUUUCAUUUAAAAAAAAAAAAAACACAGAAAAAGAUACUUCAGUCCUUUCUAAACGCGUGUAUGUGCGUGUAUAAGUAUAUAUGUAUAUAUGAGUGCACAAGUUUAUUUACCUCUCCUAAACGGUAAUGUCAACAGCAGUUGACACAAACACCGAUUCCAAUCGAACAAUUGUUUUAUCGUCGAGACCAAAAUACCUGGAAGAAUGUAUUUCGAAAUUCGAUCAUGAACUUGAACUUGAAUCCGACAGCGAAGCUAUCUACUGCAAUGUUACGACAGAUAGUUUCCUUUGCUGGCCAAGAACUCCUGCCGGCACUACAGCAAGCCAACCUUGUCCUUCAUUGCAAGGCUCUGAUACAACCAAAUUUGCUUAUCGUAGCUGUGACUUAAAUGGAGAAUGGAGUUCGAAGUGGGAUGACGAUUCGUCUGCUUGGACAAACUACACACAAUGUUACAGUUCCGAAGCUGAACUAAUUUUCCAGUUUGAUUCAGAAAAUAUACGAAAAGCAUCAGCUGAGGAUUUAACCGAUUCCAGUAUCCUGGGAAUAUGUGGACUGUCCAUGUCAUUGCUAGCCAUUUUCUUUACCCUUGCUUAUGUGCGUUAUAAAAAAUAUAGCGGACCGCGUAUGGACGUCUAUAGAAACUUAUUCGCAACACUGGUUCUCGAAGCAUCUGUGAAACUAUCAUUUCAGAUUAUUCUUUUAAUGGUAUGGCUUGAAGACGGCCUCGUUGUUACUGUGUUCGAUAUUCCACAUCUUUGUGAAGUAUUCGUUGUAAUUUUGGAAUUUGCGGAGAUUACUACCUAUAUUUGGACAGCCCUUCAUGGACACCUGAGUUACCUGGAAGUGAAACAAUACGAUCCUUUAAAAGUGCAAGUUCUCUACGCUGUUCUAGGAUGGGGUGUACCGAUUAUUACCUUGGCUGAGUGGUUAGCAGUACAAACAGCGACUAACGAAGCUCCCUGUUGGUAUGGUUACCGUUUCCAACAAAGCGCCUGGAUUUUGGAACUACCUCGUGUGUGGGCCUUAAUAUUUUCACUGGUAUUUCUAGCUUACACAAUCUGGUCUCUAAACGAGACUGGACACAUGAGAGACGUCAGCGAAGUACAUAUGAUCAAGCGUAGUACACUAGCGUGUCUCGCCUAUAUUUUCUUCUUAACUAUGUCCUUAUGUACAUCUUUAGUACUGGCUAAUCUAGCACACAACAGCAUCAACAAGAUGCACUUAUUAGCUUUAAUCUACACAAUUACAUUCCUCACCUCUUUCAGAGGACUGUUUUUUACCAUGGGUUACUGGCUAUGGGAAAACCAAGGAAGGAACUGGUACCAGAAAGUCAGUUUGGUUUGAAGGUUAAUACUUGUGUUUAUUGUAUGUUUGAAUUAUUUUUUAAAAAUCCUGUUUGUUGACACCAAUAUAUAUAUACAUACACAUACCCAAAUACAUACAUACGUACAUACAUACAUACAUACAUACGUACAUACAUACAUACAUACAUACAUACAUACAUACAUACAUACAUACAUACACAUAGAUAGAUAGAUAGAUAGAUAGAUUACUGCAGUUAUAUUAUGUAUAUCAUUGUUAAUUCUGUUCAUUCACACAUCCACAUCCGAGCGCGCUUAUACUGGGUUGUAGACCUGAUCUAUUGCCCCUGUAACACGAACACCUUGUGUGCCUUUAGCAGAAUCCAUUCUGUUGUAUUUGGGCCAGGUUCACAUUUGUGUAUAACUCGAUAUCUCUGAUGCGGUCUUCCCUCUUCCUUAACCCACGAGUCGUGGUUUUCUCCUCUAGUCAACCCCCACUCCAUUAGUCUCGGAGACACUUAAAAGGGGUCACUGAUUUUGCUCCACUUUUCUUUCAUGAAACCUUUAAAAAAUAUUUUGUUGUCUGGGGAAAAUCAUAACAUCAAUUAUAAUAACACACUCACAGGUUCAAUUCCAGUUUUUAUUAUUAGUGAAUUGGUUAAAUAUCAAACUAACUAAUCGAUCGUGUUUAACGUGUUGGUUAAACAAUCAAUCGGUUGUUUGUUUGUCCCAUGUUAAACAAACGAUUGAUUAGUUUAAUAUUUAACCAAUUCCCUAAUAAUAAAAAGUUGAGUUGACCAUGUGUGUGUUUUGUUAUUGGCAGAGUGAUUCUCACGAGACACAGCAAAAUUUGUUUCAACAUAUGAUUUCACAUCAAGAUUCUUGCAAACCAAAUCCAUAAACAAAACUUAAAAAGAUAAUUCUUAUUCCAUACACCAUACACAUUUGUUUAUAAAAUAAUGUAUGUGUGUUUGCGCGCGCGCACACACAUACACACACGCACACAUCAUUACAUAGAUUUAAUUCAUAUAAUAUUUAGGAUAUAAGUGUCAACUUCUAUGGUAAUGUUUGUGUAUGUUGAAUGUUGCGUGUAUCUACACGUAUGAGUGUCCCUGCGACUUAUGCAUAACUAAUGUGUAUUUGUAAAUAAUACCAUAUAUUUCUCUGUACAUAUAAGUGUAUUUAUGAUAUAAGACUUUUGUGACUUUUGUAGGAUUGCAACUCGUUGUACCCUAUAAUCUUUUAAUUUCUUUGAAUUGUUAUCAUGUUCAAUCCGGGUUGGAGAGAUGAAAGAGAAGGGGAGAGAGAGAGAGAGAAAGAGAGAGACAGAUGUAUGAAUGGUAAACAUUACAUGUGUAUGUAGGGGUACAUGUGCAGGAGAGACAGAGACGAGACAGAGGAAGAAUGAAAGAUGAUUGAGCGAGAGAAGAAUAUAUAUUUUAUAACAUACAACAAAUAUAUCUUUUCAUGAUAAAUGUACUUUUUCUGUAAUUCAA